CUCAGCCCCAGGCUCCCUCUUCACUCUUCUCUCAGGCCGUCCGAUCCGCCUUUCUUUCACCACAAUAUCGGUUUUUCUUCAGUUAUUUUUUUUGGUGUCUUGCCCAGCGACGCUGUUUCCGCGCACGAUAUCUCUUUUCUCAACUGUCACCCACGCAAGCGAUAACAACUUCGCUUUCGUCUCGGCUCUCCACGCCGAGCUCCCCAUCCCGAUCCGCUAAAGACCGUUGCCAACGUGGUCCCGCGACUCGCUCACUUCAGCCCAGUCUGCCAAAUCCGCGCCUCACUACAACCAACAGCAGACACAGAGGUAUAGAGCUAAGGCGUAUUUUGCGGGCUUGUAUAGAGUGAAUCAUAAACGUCUCAGACUAGGCUACUCGACUGCUUACACUUUCCACGGCAGAUGCCUCUAGAGGGGUAGCGAGAGCCGGAUUUCAUCUCACGGCUACUUUUGGCCAUACAACGCUUGAAACUAUUACUUUGUCCUCUUAUUCUUAGUGUCUUUGGCUUCAAAAAUGUAUGAUAUCGAGGCAAAUAGAGGGCCUCACCCCUCCGAAUCAAUACCCAACGCUGCGUAUCCAGAGUCAAAUUACCGACCAGGCGGCGGAAGCAUUCCGGCACCAUCCUCGACGUUUAGCAACUCACAGCCGUCUACCGGGUUUGGGCCCCAGACGACAUCUUUCCAUACGACUUCAACUACACAUACGACGAGCUCUCAGGCUACCUGGCAGCACGCUGACGAUGGCUCGGAUCCACCCCCUCCAUAUGUCCCAGCUGCUGCUGCCCCUCAGGUUCCAGUCCCAGUCCCGGGGCAGCAUCUGGCACAACAGAGUCCAACGCCGACUGUAUUGACGCCUAUUCAUUCUCGAGAUGAGCGUCUCCCCUCUGCGGGUGGAAUCCCUUUAAGCAACCUGCCUCCACUUGCAACCACUUCGAGCGCCGGCCAGUCUGGAUCACAGCAUCCCCCGUUUGCAGGAGGGCACCCAGGAGGCCACUAUCAGCCAAACUGGCCACCUGCCGCUCCCGGCCAGGAACUAAAUACUCCUGACGGGCGACAUUCAUCUCAGAGCCAUAAGUACGAUCAAGUUGGAAUGGGAAUGUGGCAAAGCAGGCAGCGAAGGGCGCAGCGUGCUAAGAUUUGCGGGCUUUCAUCUGGCUUCGUCGUUGCUAUUUGCAUUGCCAUUGCAGUGGCCAUAGGCAUCUCGCUCCGAAACUCUCACUCGUCAAACUAUUAGGAUUCUGGAAAUGAUGAGUGGUGACGCAUUGAACAAGACAAGCGACUAGAUUGGGAUGCACCGUUGUCUCUGUGUUUUCUUUUUUCUUUUUUACGGUUAUGACAUUCUGUUGUGUUCUUUAUAGCGGCGUUUGGUAGCACAGUCACAAUUGUAGCAAUAUUGUGUAUCAUAGCAUAUAGCAUGGAGUUUGGCUUUCUCGUUUGGCAUUGGCAUUCUUUACCUUUGAUGAAAUCAGGUCUACGUCAUUUUCAAUUCAUUCUACUUUCUCUACCACGUGG